AUGGCACCCGCGGCCGCCGAGUACAUCGUCUGCAGUACGGGCUUGACGCCAGAGGAGAAUACGGGUGCGCAGGGCCUCGUGCACGAGCUCGGCAUGAGCUGGGACGACGACCUUCACGUCGGCGUCACGCAUCUCCUCGCCAAGACCGUCGGAUCUGACAAGUACAAGGCUGCAAUUGCCGCCGGCAUGGUCGUUGUCAAGCCCGAUUGGCUCGUCGAGUGCUCGCGCGCAGGCUCCAUCGUGCCCACGGCGGCGCAUGAGCUUGGCAUUCUUGAAGGCCUCUGUAUCUGCACCACAGGUCUAUACAUGGAAGACCGCGAGAUGGUCGAGCAGCUCUGCGACGAGCAUCGUGCCGUGUACCAGACCGACCUCAUCUUUGGAACGACCUCGCACCUCUUGGCCGAACAAGCAGGGGGCGCCAAGUACGACGCAGCGAUCGCGCAUGGUAUUCCAGUCGUGACGCUGCAAUGGAUGGCGGCCUGUGUCGAAGCCAAGGCGCUUGUUGACGAAGACAACUACCGAGUUCUCGCCGAUGACGACGUCACGCUUGACGACGGACCGAGUAGCAGCAUGAAGCUCAGCGACGAGCUCACGCAGUGCAUUGCACUACUUCGCGACGAGCCGCGUGGCGACUUUCUGGAUGGCUGUGUCCUAUGGCUGCCUGGAUUUUCCCAGGACAUUCUGCUCAAGAUGAAGUGGCUCGUGCGCUUUGGCAUGGGCACGCGCUACGACGCAUACAACCCGAGCGUCACGCACAUCAUCGCUGACGUGCUCGGGAAUUGGCGCCAUUAUUGCGACACCAAUAGCAGUCUCGAAGUCGUCUCGCCCAAGUGGCUCAUCGAGUCGUGCUUGGCGUUCGAGUGUCGUCCCGAAGCGCAGUUUCCUGUGAGCACUCACGUCCCAAUCGCGCCGCCACCCAAGGUAGUUCGGCCGCCACCCGCCGCGCGCCCGUCACCACCGCCCAAAGCCACCCCACCCCCCGUGCAGAAGGUCGAUGAGGCGCCCAAGGGUCUGUUCGCCGGCAUUCUGAGCUUGCUCCUGCGCACGUGGCCCAUGGAUCAUAAACCAGCAUGCGCUCUCAAGACGGCAAUUGCAGCGGCCGGCGGCCGCACGCGUGAGAUCAACACGACGGACCCGCGCAUCCUGAACGCCAACGACCUCCAGCGCAUCGCGUUCAUUGUCGUGUGCCACGGCGCCGUCCUUCCCGACGGCAUGCUGGCGUCGCUCAAAGAAGCCAUGCCGCACGCCAAGCUCGUGACCGAGCUCUGGGUCCACUGCUGCCUCGAAGAGAAGCGGUUCUACCCGCGCCGUGCCCAUGCGCUCUUUAGUCUUUCGUCCAGCGCGACGCAAAGUGUGUUUCCAACCCUCCCGCUCGACUGCUUUCAGUCGGUGGUCGCUAGCAUUUCCAUGUACAUGGACAUGGAGCGGCUCGUGCUGGCGACGCUUUUGCAACUGGCGGGCGCGCGUGUGACACCACGCCUCUCGCAGCGCAACACGCAUCUCUUGUGCAGUGCGCCGCAAGGCCCCAAGUACGAGAAGGCGCGGAAAUGGAAGCUGCACAUUGUCCAAGCCGAUUGGCUCGUCGCAUCGAUGAUCCACGGACGCCUAAUGCCGGUUCCCGAUGCGCUGCCAAUCAAGCGACGCCGGGACGAAGCAACAGCGGUGACCCCCAGUAGUGAGAUUGCCCCCCGUGAGAUCACCCCCGGUGAGAACGAUCCGAAGGAGGACGUGGCCGGCAGCAACGCCCUCGCGCAGCUCGAUCACUUUCUUGGCGAAGAGUCCGAGUCGCUGGGCUUUGUCGCACCGCGUCACAAGGUAUCGCUGGCCCCGCCCCUCAAGAAGCAGUGCUCGGACCCGAAUUUCUUUGACGACACGCAAGCGCCGCUGCCCAACUCGGAGAUGGUCGACUACGCGGAUCCUGUGAGCACGCGCACCUUUCUCUAG